AUGUAUCGCAUUCUUUUUAUAUUUUUGGCGAUUACACUCGUUUGCUCCAUCGCAGAAGCGAACACUCAACAAACAGUCGACGCAAUCUGCAAACAGACAAUAGACAUCAAAUUCUGCAAUGGGAUCCUUGCCAAAGCUACUUCCCCAAGCAUGAAAGAUCUCUUGAAAGUGACAGUGACAGAAGCUGAAAGAAUAUCGGCUGACACAGAUUCCUUCAUCGUCACGAUCAUUACAAAAGUUGGAAGCGGGCCCGGUCUACAAAAGUGUGCUGAAGCGUACGCUCGGGUGAACGCAUCGUUCACGAAUGCUGUAUCUCUCUUUAACAAUGAACGUUACGCUGAGAUCAACGGACUCAUGGAUGAGGUUUCAUAUGGUGUUGGUAUAUGUAAGACAGAUUUUAAUGUGCCCGGUUAUAAUAUCAAUCCGAUGAUUGAGAAAAACAGAGAGACAAAUGUUUUAGCGGCCAUGGAAAAAAUCAUUAGUCGUAUGGUUACUUCAUAA